CGCUUACUCGUCAAAGGGUGUCAAUGCUGUGGGGAAUGGGGCCAUGGCCUGCGACCAUGAAGGCACCCCCAUAACCAUUUUUAUAAAUUGAGGGGAUGGGAAAGGAAACGCCAUCAUACGUGAACAUGGACGCGAUCUUGAAGAUGUUGACGAGAUCGCUGCUGUUUCGUGUUUUCCUCGUCGCUGUCGUCGUGGGCGACGGCUUCUGCUUUCCCGACCAUAAGGGUUUAGAGGAGAGAGGGUUUUGGGAGGACCUAUGGAACCAGUUGAGAUCGACGACCCCGCCUCCGCCGCUGCCGUCGAUGACUGCCGCGCCGGUGAUAGAGAGACUGGCGGUCGAAUUCUCCCAGGUCCUCCCCGACCUCUCAUUGGAGUCCCUGGGGCACGUGACCGUGGCGCAGGCGAAGGAGCUGACGAAGCGACUGAGCGAAGCGGACGAGGCCAUCCGACAGCACGUCGUCUUCGAACGCGUGUCCUCCCUCCUCGGUCGCGUCGCGGACGGCGUCGUCGACGCCACCGAGUCCCUCCGUCUCUACGUCCGUCCGCUGUUCCUCUUGAGGGACCUGGCCCAGGACCUUCGCGUCGCGACGGACGCUCUCGUCCUUCAAGGCUCCCACCAGUACGAGGCCUUCGCUCUUCUCAUGGACGAGAUCGUCGAGGUUGCCGUCCGGAAGGGUGAAGGCUUCCGGCAGGCUCUCUUCGACGCUUCUCAGGAAACCAUCGGGAAGAUCCAGGAACGAUUUCAAGCCGUCUAUUCCGUCCUCAAGGGGACGGAGACCCAGGCAAACGUCAUACUGGAGGCGCUCCGGGAAGGAUUCCAAGAACUCGCGGAAAAAAAGCUAGAAAAACUGGAGAAGCUGGCCAAAGUCGCGGAAACCAUCUACGGCCUGAGCAUCUCCAGGCUGGUCGACAUCUGGACCGACGUCACCUCGGGCCUGGGGAAGAAGCUGGAGAUCCUGGCCGACGCCUUCUGGACGCAACUGGUCCGCACGUUCCAGGACAAGUGGGCCGAGUUCCUGGACUCCGGAAACAAGUUCGUCGAGGUCAUCAAAGCGUCCGCGAAGGAAGCGUUCGGGAACAUCGUAGCCGGUUUGCUCGAUCUCGUCCAGAACAUCAUCCAGUGAUUCCGUCGGAAUUUCGUUUCUGGAUGUUCAUCCUAAUAAACUCUUCUCACGGC